AUGCAAGAGAAGAAACCAAUUGCAUAUUUCAGUGAGAAACUUGGAGGAGCAACCUUGAAUUAUCCAACUUAUGACAAGGAGCUGUAUGCUUUGGUUAGAGCGCUACAAACUUGGCAACAUUAUCUUUGGCCAAAGGAGUUUGUGAUUCACACAGAUCAUGAGUCUCUAAAGCACUUGAGAGGUCAACAAAAGCUAAACAAGCGCCAUGCUCGCUGGGUUGAGUUCAUAGAAACAUUUCCAUAUGUCAUUCAGUACAAACAAGGUAAAGACAAUGUUGUUGCUGAUGCUUUGUCAAGAAGGUAUGCGCUUAUCUCUACUCUUGAUGCUAAGUUGUUAGGCUUUGAACAACUUAAGGAGAUGUAUGCUACUGAUUAUGAGUUCAAAGAAGAUUUCCAAGCUUGUGAAAAGUUUGCUCAUGGAAAAUACUUUCAGCAUGAAGGAUUUUUAUUCUAUGAAAAUCGUUUGUGUGUGCCUAAUUGUUCUUUGAGAGAUUUGCUUGUCAGAGAAGCUCAUGGAGGAGGAUUAAUGGGACAUUUUGGAGUUGCCAAAACACUUAGUGUUAUGCAGGAUCAUUUCUACUGGCCGCAUAUGAAGAGAGAUGUGGAAAGGAUUUGCGGAAGGUGUGUCACUUGCAAGCAAGCCAAGUCUAAAGUUCAACCCCAUGGUUUGUAUACUCCUUUACCCAUUCCUACUGAAUCUUGGACUGAUCUUUCAAUGGAUUUUGUGCUAGGACUGCCUAGAACCAAGAGAGGUAGAGAUUCUGUCUUUGUGGUUGUUGAUAGAUUUUCUAAGAUGGCACACUUCAUUCCAUGUCACAAAACUGAUGAUGCUUCAAAUGUUGCUGAUUUGUUCUUUAGAGAGGUUGUUCGAUUGCAUGGCAUGCCUAGAACUAUUGUUUCUGAUAGGGAUACUAAGUUCUUAAGCUAUUUCUGGAAAACUUUGUGGUCUAAGUUAGGGACUAAGUUGUUGUUUUCAACUACUUGUCAUCCUCAAACUGAUGGACAAACUGAAGUAGUGAAUAGAACUUUGUCUACACUUUUGCGUGCUAUCAUUAAGAAGAACAUCAAAUCUUGGGAAGAUUGUUUGCCUCAUGUUGAGUUUGCAUAUAAUCAUUCAGUUCACUCUGCUUCUAAGCAUUCCCCUUUCCAAAUUGUUUAUGGUUUUAACCCUUUAACACCUUUGGAUCUAAUCCCUUUACCUUUGAGUGAAAGAGUUAGUAUGGAUGGGAAAAAGAAAGCUGAACUUGUUAAGCAGAUUCAUGAGAAGGCACGACUCAACAUUGAAGCAAGGACAAAGCAGUAUGAGAAGCAAGCAAACAAAGGAAGACGCCAGCUGGUUUUUGAAGUGGGAGAUCUAGUUUGGAUACAUUUGAGAAAGGAACGUUUCCCAGCUGAAAGAGAGUCUAAACUAAUGCCAAGGGUCGAUGGUCCAUUCAAAGUCUUGACGAAAAUCAGUGACAAUGCUUACAAGCUUGAUUUGCAAGUGGAAGCUGAGCUUGUUCCUAAGGAUGCUAUGCUUGUACCAGUUGGACCAAUGACAAGGGCAAAGACCAAACAGCUUGCUGGAGUUGUUCAUUUGAUAUUUGAAGAUAUUUGGAGCAAAGAGAGCAUGGGAAUUUCUAUUGGAGAAGAUAUCUAUCAAAUAGCUUGCGGCGUGAAAGAAUCUGUGUGGAGGACGUUUGGCUGGAGGAUCACUGACGGCGAGUUGACGGCGAGGUGGUUUGAAGUACAGGAGGAGAGAAAUAUAGCGAUUUGCUAUGAGAUUGAUGAAACAGAGUUUGAAGUCGAUCAUACACCUUUAUGGGCGGCUUUAAAGGUGAAAGCUUUUAAUGGACCCAACUGGGAGGAGCUAGUUGAGGGUUUGAGAAGCUGCCGUGGGUGGUCUGAUGAAAUGAAGACGCAGAUAGCUCGGUUGUAUCUUGUUCAUGUUGGAGUGCUUGGUUUAUCAAGGAACAGUCAGAUUUCUCUGGAAUACGCUAAAAGGGCGUUGAAUGAAGAAGCAUUUGAGAGUUUUCAAUGGGGUAGGGUUGGAUUCAAGAGUUUAGUUGAUUCCAUCAAAGUCCUUGGGUUACCUAACAAUGCUUAUACCCUCCAUGGAUGUGUCCAUGUAUUGCUGAUAUGGGCAUUUGAGAGCGUGAAGGUGCUGGGGGCUAGCUACGGGAAUGUAAGAGAAGGUGUAGAUUUGCCUCUGUUAAGGUGGAGAGGAGGGAGGCCAAGGAAGGAUAUCGAAGCCUUCAUAUCCGGGAGCAAACUCCUUAAUAAUGGGGAGCUUCAGGUGAAGCAUUUAGUACCUAAACCUUUGGAGUUCAUAUAUCCAGAUUGGCCAGGACAGUAUUGUGUGUAUGGUGUAGGAGAAGGUUUGAAGAAGAAACUGGAUAAUCUGCUGUUAGACGUGAUCAAUGGCGAAGUGGAUGAAAGAGAAUGGGAUUGUGUAAAAAAAAGGAAGGGGGAACAUACGAAGAAGAGGGAGAGGAGGCAACAUGUUGCAGGGGUAAGUGACGAUGAUUUCCUUGAAACAGCCCCAACCAGCAUCCGUAAUGUCCCCAAUAAUGCGAAGGAGCAGAAAGAAAGUGUUGGGGACAAAUGUUCAGCAGAGAAGGCGUCUGGAGAUAAGCAUUCAGGUGUGCAGGGUGAAGAUGGUAGUGGAAGGUUAUUUACUAUGGUUGAAACACUAGGGGCAAAAAUGGAUAAUAUUCAGAUAUCGUUUUCUAGAGCAAUAGCGGAAGUUGUGUUCAAACUUCAAGGUAUGGAGAGUAGGAUGGGUAACUUUGAGAGUGACGUUCAACUAUUGAAGAAAGUUGUUAUCAACUCAACGGAUGGAGGAGCGCAUAUGCAAGGACCUCGUACAUUAAGAAAUGACGAACCAAAAAUAGAGGAGAUAAAACAUUCGGACAAGGAUGGUUAUAAAGUUGCUAGUUGUGUUAGGAAUCCGUUAGCCAUUAAGGAUAAGGUCAUGUGGUCUGGGAGUAUUAAAAUUGAACCAGAGGACAGUGUAGAGCGAAUUCCAAAGCAGAUGGUAGACAGUGUACAGCGUGGCAAAAGAGUACAGAGUUGUGAGACAGAGGAAGGUGAUAAAAGAGCAAAGUAUAAUGACAAAGUAGAUGGAGCAGGUGCUCAACCCGUUCCUAUUAAUGUUAUCCAUCCGGUAAGUGGUGGUAACCCUGGCUCGUUGGAUCGAAAGUCUGAAUCUGUUGUGGAUUUAAACGAGGAGACCAGUACUCCUGCAUCAUCUCAUACACUGAAAGAUAAGGAGAAAGCCAGGUAUUUUGCAUAUUUGUUACAAAAGGUGUUUCCUCCAUCAAGAGAGCUUGAUCUUCUAUUAGUAGAUCCAGUGGGCACUAACAUAGGGUUAAACCCUAAUGACGAAUCAAUGCGAGUUGCAUUAAUUACCCGACGUGAAAGCCACAUUGUAGUCCUAUCUCCCGCAGUGUACGAUCCUUUUAUUGAGGCAUGUCCUGAGAAAAUUGCAAAGCUGAUGUCCUUCCUAACUGAUGAUUUGUAA